AAAUAUACUGCGCCAUAUGGUGUAGAUCUCGUGUGGAACUACCGGUAUAGUAGGCUGAUGUAUGCAGCUAGCUGCGUUGUUGUGAUAUCGAUAUGUUGCUAUUUAGUUUACAAUUGAGUUAAUAUGAGGAGCUAGGAGGUGUGUCACCUGACAUCAUCAAGCUUUUUCCAGGGAUUUCGAAAUGAAUAUGAAUUUUGAAUCAACGACAAUGACGCGACGUGAUCUGAAGCACAAAAAUUGUCUCUUUUCAAUUCCAUUGUCAUAGACUGAGUACGGCAUUCACAAUAGAAAGAGCCUGGCACUGCCUUAUCGCGUGUUGUAAGCAGUGGAUACUUAACUCAUGUGGUAGGGUCCAUGCUUAACUUGGGCCAAAUUGUGGCUGUGGCAUGCGGGAACCACUCGUCAUAUGCUGCAGUUUCCAAUCCAAACUGAACAAACUUCAAAUUAUAAGUGAACUAAGACUUAGAAAAUAGGCAGUGUACAUACUAGCCACUGUAAGCAGCUAUUGUUGAGGUAGUAGCAAGGCAGAUGGGAUUGCUUGUAUUGUAGAUUCAUAUCCUGAUUGAAGAUUUAAGUCAUCUGUGCCUGUGUAGAUAGCUAGGCUUCAAUACAAAUACAAGACUGGUAUGAACUGAUGAAAAGCCACAGAAGAAAAAUAAAACAGUGUGCUGGGAUAUCAAUUUACUAGUAACAUGGAACCGCCACUAAGCAAGUCCACUAUCAGAACUAGACUCCUGGAAAGAGAUUUCAGUGAUCGAAUGCAUGAGUCAGAUAUCGCGUUGUUUGCAAGUCGGAAGAAGAAAGCAUCUGUUCUUGUGCCGUUGAUACUGUGUGAAAAUGGAGAUCUUGAGGUACUUCUUACAAAGAGGGCAGCCCAUCUUCGGGCUGAUGCUGGUGAUGUCGCGUUUCCGGGUGGAAAGCGGGAUGACGAGGAUGCAGAUGACACUGCAACGGCGCUACGGGAAUCUUGGGAGGAGAUCGGUCUUCAUCCUUCGGACGUCGAGGUGGUGUCCCAGCUUCCACCAAUGACCUCUCGACAUGGCUACUUUAUCACACCAGUUACAGGAUUAAUUCCCGAGACAUUUGAACCUGACAUCAACCCCAAUGAAGUAGAGGAUGUCUUCCGUGUACCCCUUAUUGAUUUCCUCUUGUGUGAUAACCACAAGUCUCAAAGAACCUCGAGUAAAGGACGAUUUGCUUGGCUUCACUACUUUGAACACAUUAUCAACGGCAAGGGAUUUAUUACUUGGGGUUUGACAGCGUAUCUAUGUAUUACUGCUGCUUGUACCAUAUACCAAAGAGCUCCAGACUUUGAAAUGGAACCAGGCUUUGAUCAUGAAAAUUUAGCUCAGGGAUUUAUAGACCUCAUGGCAAGGGAGAAGAAAGAAGAGGCACUUUCAGCUGAUGGAAGCAAAUUAUGAACUAUAAAUUAUGUUGACGACCUGAUUAAUUAACAGAUCAUGAUGUUUUUAAAAUAUAAGCCUAAUUAUGUGAAGCAGCUGUAAAAUAUCUUUUGAAUUAUCAGUGUAUUUGCUUUUGAAUAGUGAUGUCUCGGAAUCAUACAAUUUUUUCAAAAUGUUUAAAUUAGUUUGAAAUUCCCAGGGCCUAGCAGACUCUACAUUCAACUUUGUCCACUCUAAUUUACAAUUCAAACUUUCAGUUGCUUUUGAAAGGGAUAAGGGCUUACUGUACUCUUUAUUCAAAGCAAUAUGUGGCAUAACUUGACUUGGUAGCAAAUAAACCUAGAUGGCCCAACAAAGCCCUGAUUUUAUACCAUCAUGCUUUACCUGUGUCAGAAAAGGUUUGGAAAAGGUACACUUAAAAUACAUAUAUAUAUUAAAUACAGUGAUUACAUGUGUUGUACAUUUUAAUCACAUAUACUGAUACCAUUUUUAUUCUAUUGAAACUCAUCUUUGAAUAUCUACUUUUUUGUGUGUACGGUAGCUUACUAAAGUUAGCUCUAUUUGAACAAGUAUGGUUUUCAGAGCAAUUUAACAAUGCAUUGCAAUGAAAGAUUAAUAUGUUCAUGGGACAAGGCAAAAAGUAAUAAACCUAGGUUGCAAUAAGAAGCAUUAUUAUUCGAUUUGGUGACAGGACAAAUACAAAAAAACGAGGUGAAAUAGUGACCCUUGGGUAAGACUUGUAGUCAAGUGUAUACUCUAAUGCAGGCAAUACAUUAUGCACUGUGCAUGUUGAUGUCCAUUUCUCAGAGUUGAAUACAGCUUGUACAGUGUGGUCUUUCUUGAUUUGGAAAGCAAAUAGAACUUUGACCAAACUGAUUAAGUCGAGUGCUGUAUUAUUAGUGCAAUCAAGGAAAACUCAAGGGGGCAAAGCCAAAGGGCAAUUUGGCUAAAAAUCUAAUUUUUUUGACUUGUGUUUUGUACACUAGUCUAUUUUCAUUUGGAUUUCAAUUUCAUAAGGAGUGGAAUUUUUAGUGGAUAUGAACAAAAUGGCCUCAUUAUAGAAAAUAUGAGAUUCCAUGAUGUAGAGUAUGAACCAGUCUAAGGAAAUGUGGGUUAACGAUUUACUUUUCUCGUUAGGUUAUAUAUUUUUGAGUUUGUACUAUUCAAUUUGUACUAAGUUCUAAACUACUGGUCUAUGAUUCAAGAGAGAUGAAUAAGAGAAUUACAUGUAUUCACUUGAACUACAUAUUCUGGCAGUUUUAUUUGUUAUUAGCAUUUGUUUUUCCAUACACAUGUGAGUAUUGUCAUGAUUUAAUCAGUCUGUGUAAGUAAACUCAUUCAAAUUGA